AUGUCUUUUAGUUUCAACAACAACCACCUUUUCAACAACAACAAUAACCUUACCACAACCUUUGAUAUUGCUAAACUUGUUGGAACUUCUCCUCAACUCAAAACUCAUGAUGAUCAUGUUAAUUUUGAACUUGAUCAAGUAAUUUAUAACACUUCUUAUUCUGAUUUUCCACCUGGCUUUAGUCCUUCAGAGUUGUUGAACUCACCUUCCUUUCUUUCUCAUUCCAAUAAUAUUCCUUCAUUUUAUACAACCGAGCCUCCUUGUGGCCAAAUCAUCAACCAACAACAUAGCAUGGACCUAGAAGAUAGAAACUUCUCUGAGCUAUCUUUUCAAACACAAAAACAAAACUUGCAUGAACCUUUUCAAUCUUCAACAACUAUGUAUCAAGUGGAGGAACCAAUAAAGAAACAUGACACAUUGACAUUCAAUGAAACAAAUGUUUCUAUGUCUAUUAAAGAACAAAAAAGAUCAGAAGAAGAUGGAUACAAAUGGAGAAAAUAUGGAGAGAAACAAGUGAAAGGAAGUGAAAAUCCAAGAAGUUAUUACAAGUGCACUAAUCCAAUUUGCUUGAUGAGGAAGAAAGUUGAAAGGUCUUUGGAGGGGCAUGUUACUGAAAUAGUGUAUAAGGGGAGUCAUAACCAUCCUAAGCCUCAUUGUACAAAGAGAAAAACAAGUUCUCAACCUUUUUCAUCAAGCAACAAUUCAUUGAUCUCUGAUCAUUCUUUCGGAGAGGACGAAUUUGAGCAAACAUCGCAAACUAGUUUUUCGGGAGGAGAUCACAAUGAGUUGGGAAUCGAGGCUAAAAGAUGGAAGGGAGAGAAAGAAAAUGAAAAUGAAAGCUGUUGUUAUUCCAAUGAACAAAGUAGAACUGUUAGAGAAGCUAGAGUUGUGGUUCAAACUACAAGUGAAAUUGAUAUUCUUGAUGAUGGAUAUAGAUGGAGAAAAUAUGGACAAAAAGUGGUUAAAGGAAAUCCAAAUCCAAGGAGUUACUACAAAUGUGUAAUCCAAGAUUGUCCUGUGAGAAAACAUGUUGAGAGAGCAGCACAUGAUAUGAAAGCAGUAAUCACAACAUAUGAAGGGAAACAUAACCAUGAAGUGCCUCUAGGAAGAGGAAGUUCAAGCUAUAACAUGAACAAAACAUCUCUUAAUAACAACAACAACAGCACAUGUAAUGUAACCCCUAUAAGGCCUUCACCAGUGACUAUAUCAAAUUUCACAAAUUCAACUCUUGAUUCAAAGCUACCAAAUUCUGGAACUCAAGUACAACCUUUUCAGCUAGACAUGAUGCUGAACUCUACAACCCUUUUGGACAAAUCAAUCGGUUCGAAUGCCGAUUAUGAACGAUACUCCUAA